AUGAUAAAGAAGGUGAAUCCUACUCACAAGGUUCUUGUGAAGUAUUUGAAGACGAUUAAUUCAGAUGUGGAAAUAAGGGUUCUGCUUACAGUCGAAGCUGGAACUUCUAAACAAUCCAAGAAGUCUAAGGUUGAUGAAGCAGAGGUACCAGUUACAAAUAUGAAAAAGCCUAAAUCCAAGUCUCUUAAGAACAAGCCUGAAAGUGAUACGAAGAGGGCAGAAGAGGUUGUUGCUGCUAAGCCUUCGAAGGAGACAGUUCAUAAAGUUCAAGUCAGUAGCAAAAGGGUCAUUGUUCGUGAUAUCCCUACUCCUUCUUCUCCAUCAUCUAAGAAACGAAGAGCUCAAGAUGUAGUCAAACAUAUCUCAAAGAAGCGGUACAAGCAAAAAUCGUUCUUCGUGACGAUUCGUCCGAAAACGAAGUGGUCCUUGAUACACCGCCAAUUUCGUCUUCUCCCUUGGUAA